AUACGCGAGCGAACACAAGGUUUGACGAGUCCACUCUCACAGAGUUUCGUGCGACUUUCAUCAAUCGCUCGCUCAAAUUAAUAAAUAGCCCUCAAAAGACUUUUUGUUCUUCUGAAUUGCGACGGAGAGGGAGGAUGAUAUUUAUUCUUUCAUUUUAUUUUAUUUUUAAACACUCCAAUCUAUUAUUAUUUUAAUUUUUAAUUUUUAAUUUUUAAUUUUAAAUUUCAACAACCUAUUAAUUGAAAUGACAGAGAGAAAGAGAAAACAAGGAGCUGAACAUUCAUUCAUUCGAUUAGAUUCGAUCGAUGCGAUUCAGAGUUAUUAGUUCGGCUACUAGUCAGCGAAGAAGAUUUGCGAGGCGGCGGUAUAUUGUAGGCGGCGGCGGCGACAGUGGUGGUUGUUAUAUCCAGUCAAUUAAUUAUGCAAAAUUACUGUGAAGAAACAGAGACUAGUGAUAGAUUGAUUACUAAUCUCAUAGUACUAGUCAUAUAAUUGGUUUAGGGUUGAGGGAAGCAAAGGGAAAAAUGUCUAGUCAUCAAAAUCAUCACCAUAGUAGCAGCUUCAAGAAGGACACUGCAAGGCAACUAAGAGCUGUUGCAGAGGCUGCGAUCGAAUCGAUCGGCUUAGGGUACGAUCUGACCGAAGAUUUACGACUCAAGUAUUGUAAAAAGUAUAGGUCUCCUUCUUCUUCUUCUGUCGAUCCUCGGAUGAUCAUGUUGGAUGAUGAUAAGGUUCGUGACAUAGCCAUUCCAGGUGGGAUUUUGGUACCCAAUGUCUCCAAAUCCAUCAAAUGCGAUAAAGGAGAGAACAUGCGUUUCAGUUCCGACGUACUAUCUUUCCAACAGAUGUCAGAACAAUUUAACCAGGAACUAUCUCUUUCCGGUAAAAUUCCCUCAGGCCAUUUCACCGCUGCGUUUGAGUUUACUGGUUGUUGGCAGAAAGAUGCUGCCUAUACUAAAACUCUCGCUUUUGAUGGGGUCUUCAUCACACUUUUCAGCGUUGCUCUAGAGAAGUCCCAGAUAGCACUGCGUGAUCAUGUUAAGCAAGCAGUCCCAUCAUCAUGGGAUCCUGCUGCAUUGGCAAGGUUCAUUGAAAAGUUUGGUACCCAUGUCAUUGUUGGUGUCAAAAUGGGAGGAAAGGAUGUUGUGUAUGUGAAACAACAAUAUUCAUCACCUCUUCAACCUGUUGAUGUACAGAAGAGAUUAAAGGAUGUGGCAGACAAGAGGUUCAGUGAUUCAACUGUACAGCAUAGCACCAAUCCUGGAAAAGUCUCUGAGAAGGACACGCUUGAGAUCAAGGAACAUGGGCUGGCCUUCAUGGGCUCCGGGACAACGAGUUCUUUCUCACAGGAUGAGGAUAUUACAUUCUUCUGGAAGAGAAGAGGUGGAAACAAUAACAUGAACUUAACCCAUAAUAAGUGGUGCCAAACCGUCCAACUUGAACCAGAUGUGAUCUCAAUGUCUUUCAUCCCGAUUUCAUCGUUAUUGAGUGGAAUUGACGGGAACGGAUUCCUGGUUCAUGCCAUUAAUCUCUAUUUACGUUAUAAACCUCCAAUUGAAGAACUUUAUCAAUUUUUGGAGUUUCAACUUCCAAGGCAGUGGGCACCAGUAUUUGGUGAGCUUGCUGUUGGUCCUGAGAGGAAGCAGCAGGGUGGUGCAUCUUUACAGUUCAGCUUUAUGGGUCCCAAGCUCUAUGUGAACACAAUUCCGGUAGAUGUGGGUAAGAGGCCGGUUACUGGACUUCGACUUUACUUGGAGGGAAAAAGAAGCAACUGCUUGGCUAUCCAUUUGCAGCACCUUUCCUCUCUACCUAAAAGCUUCCAACUUCAGGAUGAACUAAAUGGAAACUCCCGUAACUCUUAUGACCGCAGGUACUAUGAAAAGGUCCAUUGGAAGAGCUUUUCUCAUGUAUGCACUGCCCCUGUCGAAUCAGAUGAGGAUCUGUCCAUUGUUACUGGGGCCCAAUUUGAAGUCAGGGAGUCUGGUCUGAGAAAAGUUCUCUUCUUAGGCCUUCAAUUCUCCAAAGUUACUGGUGCCAUAGCAGUGAAGAGACCUGAAUGGGAUGGUUCUCCCGUCGUGACCCAAAAAUCUGGACUUAUCUCCACCUUGAUCAGCUCACAUCUUUCAACGAGCCAGAAACCCGCGCCACAGCCAGCUGAUGUGAACAUCAAUUCUGCUGUAUACCCAGGCGGCCCACCGGUGCCAGCACAGACGCCUAAACUUCUUAGGUUUAUUGAUACGACAGAGAUGACAAGGGGACCACAGGACCCACCCGGGUACUGGGUCGUUUCUGGGGCAAGACUGAAUGUUGAUAGGGGGAAGAUAUCACUGCGUGUCAAGUACUCACUCUUAACUAUGGUUUUACCUGAUGAAGAGGUGCCAUUGCAGUCCUAGAAAGCUAUCGGUCAGUAUAAAUUGAAGGAAGGAUGAUAAAUACUACUACAGAGAGAAAGCGGGUUGGUGGUAAUUGUUUCUGAUGUGAAAAGAAGCAAAUUUGUCCUUUUACAACUUGUGGAGGAGUUUAUCAAGAUAUAUGGAAGACGAGAAUUCGUGGGGAUUUGCGGAGGUCAUUGUACAUUAAAUUUGUCAUGUGAAUGCUUUAUUUGUUUGUACAUUUUCAUGCUGUUGCACAUGUUGUGGUUACUUGUAAUUUGGUUUUUGUCAUAGAUGUGGUCAUUUGGAUCUAAGGAAUUCUUUCACUCUGCAAAUUAAAGAUUCAGUGGCCGGCCGUUGUUGAUUAGGCAAGAA